AGCGAAACAAAAUCGACAUACAUUCCACCACUUUCCCCUGUUUGAAACUCUUAGACAAAAGUUUGAAAGAAAUCAAAAUAUAUGUAAUUAAAGCAGAGAGUAAACGAAUUGGCGUGAAGAAAUUUGAAUUUUACUUUCCCAAUUUGUUUUAUUCGAGCAUGUUAAUGUUAAUUGCUCAGGAUCUCGCGCAAUACAAAAACCCUCCGAUUUGUCUUGUGUCCUGAGAUUUAGGGUUUUUACAAAAAGCUUGAAUCCUUUUUGCGCUUACUUAUUGAUUGGGAGUGGGCUAGUGACACACACAAAGACAUAUAUAUUUAAUAGUUUGAGGGGUUUUAUCCGAGUGAUUGUACGGGUGACAGUGAUGGAUGGCAGGAGGAUAACGGCGAAUCCACGUCCGUCUAGUGGUCGGCGGGUGGUUGCGAGGAAGCGGCCGCGUGGAGGUGUUGAUGGGUUUGUUAAUAGCGUUAAGAAGCUUCAGAGGAGAGAGAUAUGUUCGAAAAGGGGACGUGCGUUUACCAUGUGUGAUGCUCAGGAGAGGUUCAGAAAUAUUCGAUUACAGGAGGAGUAUGACACCCAUGAUCCCAAGGGACACUGUCCUACAGUUUUGCCAUUUCUUAAGAAGAGGUCAAAGAUUAUUGAGAUUGUAGCUGCUCAUGAUAUAGUAUUUGCUCUUGCACAAUCAGGAGUUUGUGCAGCAUUCAACCGAGACACUAACAAGAGAAUAUGCUUUCUGAAUAUUACUCCUGAUGAGGUUAUAAGAAGCCUUUUCUACAAUAAGAACAAUGAUUCACUCAUUACAGUUUCAGUGUAUGCUUCAGACAGCUUUAGUUCCUUGAAAUGUAGAACGACAAGGAUUGAAUACAUAAGGAGAGGUCAACCGGAUGCUGGUUUUGCUCUUUUUGAAUCAGAAUCUUUGAAAUGGCCUGGAUUUGUGGAGUUUGAUGAUGUAAAUGGGAAGGUACUCACGUUCUCAGCACAAGAUAGCAUUUACAAGGUGUUUGACCUAAAAAACUAUAUGAUGUUGUAUUCCAUAUCAGAUAAAAAUGUACAAGAGAUCAAAAUAAGUCCUGGAAUCAUGUUGUUGAUAUUUAACAAAUCCAGUGGCCAUGUCCCAUUAAAGAUCCUCUCUAUUGAAGAUGGAAGUGUUCUAAAAUCUUUCAAUCAUCUUCUUCAUCGACAUAAGAAGGUGGAUUUCAUCGAACAGUUCAAUGAAAAGCUUCUUGUAAAGCAAGAGAAUGAGAAUCUACAGAUUCUUGAUGUAAGAACUUCUGAGCUAAUAGAAGUUAGCAGGACAGAAUUCAUGACUCCAUCAGCAUUCAUCUUUCUGUAUGAGAAUCAGUUAUUCCUGACAUUCAGAAACCGAACAGUUGCAGUCUGGAAUUUCAGAGGGGAACUUGUGACUUCAUUUGAAGAUCAUUUGUUAUGGCAUCCAGACUGCAACACCAACAACAUUUACAUCACAAGUGAUCAGGAUCUCAUCAUUUCAUAUUGCAAAGCCGAUUCAGACGAUCCAUUAACUGAAGCAAACGCAGGUUCCAUAAAUAUCAGCAAUAUUCUGACUGGGAAAUGUCUGGCUAAAAUCAAGGCAUUGAAUAAUGUUGUGAUGGAUGAAUGCAGUUGCAGUGAUAGUGAUAGUGAUAGAAGAAGAUGCAAGUGUAGAUUAAGGAGUAGAAGGAUUGAAGCUUCAAGGACUACAGAAGCUCUGGAGGAUAUUACUGCUCUUUUCUAUGAUGAAGAUCGUAGUGAGAUAUAUACUGGGAAUAGGCUUGGUUUUGACCCACCUGACCCACCACCACCUACGGUGGUGGUGGUGGUGUUGGGUGGUGGUGGGGUUGUGAGUUCAAUUUGAUCUUAUCGUCAACGGUUGGUAGAGAUGGAGGGCGGAAUAAAUCUUGAUGCAACACUUGAUUAUGUUGAAUUUCACACAUUUCCAAGCCAGAACAGGUAUGAGGUAAGUGUAUGGAGUAGCAACAAAGAAGAGAAUUUAGCAUCUGGACCCUUGGAACAACUGUUGUUACAUUCACCUGAAACAAGAAAUUUGUCCUCCAAAGACUCCAACACAAAGUUCAAGAUUUUACCACCUGACAACAUAAAUGAUGCCUGCUGGUUUACAAUAGCCACACUGACAAGAUUUCUACAAAUUAUUGGUUUGCCAGACGUCCUUAGCAUUGGAAAAGAAAUCUCUCAACUAGAGGGGACCAGAAAUUUUAUAAUCUCAUCAUCUGAUAAGAGUGAAAUUCUGGUAGCAGUUGAUUUAAGAUUGACAGCAUUGAAAGAGGAACUAGCUGCUGUGUUAAACAAGGCUAUUAGUUCAAAAUACUCACUCAAGGACAUUUCUAACUUGGGAAACUUUGCUCUUCAUUUUGGAGCCAAGGAUCUAAGGGACUCAUUGCAGAAAUCUGUUGAAUUGAGCUCAAUAGAAGAUGAGGAUUCAAGUGAGGAGGAGGAGGAAGAUCAACCGGAUGCUGAAAGAAGUCGUGGUGUUACAAGAUCUUCAAUGCCUAAAAGAUCAGCAUCUCCAAUGAGAAGAAUCCAGAUAGGGCGAUCUGGCUCUCGAAGAACAGCUGCAUUAAGUAUCAAGAGUCUCAACUAUUUUCCAGGUAGGGAAAAGUCAACAACGCCCCUAGGAGAUGAUGAAGAGGAAGAGGAAGAAGAUUCACACAGACCUGUUAACAACAAUGUAUUGAGAAUGAGUGUACAAGAUAAAAUCAGUCUGUUUGAAAGCAAACAGAGAGACCAAGGUGUAGUACAUGUUCAGAAGACAACAAAGAGUGCAAACAAAGCUGUACUUAGAAGAUGGAGUUCAGGAAUGGGUGAAAAAGGGACUACUUUAAGCAGCCCCAAAAGUAUAGGUCAAGAUGACAAAACAGAGACUGAUAAUAAUGAUAAUAAUAUUAAUAAUAAUUCCAAUACUGAAACUUGUCCUGAAAAUGGAACACCAUAUGAGGAGUUGGGUGAGGAAGUUUACAAAUUUGAACAACCUGAAAGAGAUGAUGAAUGGAGUCAAGAAAAGGGAUUUGAUGAUCAAAAUGUGACAAGUGAUGAUAGCAAAAUAAAGAUUUCAAAGGAGCAGAAAGACGAAGUUUAUGAGGAUCAUGAUAAUAAAAAAAAGGAAGAAAAGGUCCAAAAACAAGGUGCUAGAAAGAGAGUUGAGAAAAGCUCCAGUAGGAAUGUGAGUGGUGCUAAAUGUAAUGGAAGACAUCAAAAUGAACCCCAAAAAACUCAAAAGAACACAGUCCAAUCCCAGUUGAUAAAUUCCAAAACCACCAUGAAACCUUCUGCAAUCAAGAAAUCUACAUUAAAUUCAUCUUCUUUGCCUACUACACGAAAGUCACCACAACCUGCAACUAAUCGAAAACCUCAAUCUCCUGCAUCAUCAAAAGCUGAAAAUUUACAGCCACGAUUGAAGACAAGUAGUCUCAAGUCAACAAAACCAGAUGGUAACACAAACACAAAAAUUAAAGCUACGAAUGAGAAGAAACAUCCCACAUCGAUUGAAAACAGAAAGACAACAAGAAGAAGAACCAAAGUUGAGACUCCUAAAGAAGACACAGACACUAGUACGAAACCUAGUUUUUAUACUAAAAAAAACAGUGUGGUUCCAGUACUUGAAACAAAGCCUUUCCUUCGUAAGGGCUCUAGGGUUGGCCCUAGUGCUGGUGCUGGUGGUGUUAUAAAGACACGUGGAGUAGCAUCACUAUCACAGCCUGUGGAAGCUUCAAGAACCUUCGAAAAUCCGACUACAAGGAAUGUUGAUAUAAUGAUUAUAAAUCAUGAUAUGAUGGAAAGUAGUGAUCAAAGUGAAACUCCAAAAACUAAUUUUGUGGAACCCGAGGUGAUUGAAUGUGAGCAAUCAGACAAGUUGUCAUGUGAUGGUGAUUUAGGGGUAGAAAUACAAGAACUGUCUGGUGUGAAUGUGACAGUGACAGAAGAAGCCAAAGUAGAAAUUUACGCAGAGAAUCGUGAAAAUGAGAUUGUUCCGUACAAGGAAAGCCCAGUGCUGCCACGUGUUCGCCAUUCUUUAUCUCAGAUGAUGCUUGAGGAAAGCAAUGAAUCCGAGUGGGGUAAUGACUCCCACCCUCCCACCCUAGUCUACCAAAAGGACGCACCCAGAGGAUUAAAGCGACUUUUGAAGUUUGCUAGAAAAACCACUAAACCUGAUUCACAAUCACAUUUAACUCAUUGGUCAAGCCCAGAAGGAGAGGAUGAUACCGACGAAUCCAAAGCAACAAGCCCCUUCCCCUUUACAGGGUACAAUGUUGAAUAAGUUAGGUUGUGCGUUUCAAGGGUUAAUUAUGUGGGAUCUUGAUAUUAAUUGUUAUAUUACAAAUUACAAUUACAGUCACUUUUGUUGAUUUGAUGUCUCUUUUUGGUUGACCAAAUGCAAAUGACUUGUUAUUAAUCUUAUCAGUCUCUGCAAUAAAAGGACUUGAUUU